UCACACAAGCGUGGUUGCAUUUCACGAUUUCCCUUUGCGCGCGUUUAUUUAAUUUCGCUGCAAUCCACAGCAACAACACGCUUUUCGUACCACCCACUGACGUACGGACCACGCCCCCAGCGCGCCACCGACUCUGAGCGCAAACAAAGAAGGCGGCGACCAGACGGGCAGAAAGGCUCGCUCGCCGAGGGGAGAAGGAGUCGUUUAUCUGUUUUUCCUCAUCGGCUGGAUAUGGAUAAUUCUUUCAGCUGACUGCCAGUGAAAAUGCGACAUUCCUGACCAGGCCAUUGAAUAAAAAUGGAUACUUACACCAUCUUGAAUGUUAUAGGAGAAGGGUCUUUUGGAAGAGCUCUGCUGGUGCAGUGCAGAAAUGAAAGUGACAAAUAUGUAUUGAAAGAAAUAAGGCUUCCAAAGGCAGAUGACAAAAUGCACAUUUUGAGGAAGGAGGCCAUACUUUUGGCAAGGAUGAAGCAUCAGAAUAUUGUUGCAUUUAGAGAUUCCUUUGAAGAUGAUGGCCAUCUUUAUAUUGUUAUGGAGUAUUGUGCUGGUGGUGAUCUAUUACAGAAGCUUAAAUGGCAGAAAGGAUCAUUACUACCUGAGGAUCUGAUACUGAGAUGGUUUGUUCAGAUUUGUCUCGCUACAAAGUAUAUCCAUGAGCAGAAAGUAUUGCAUAGGGAUAUCAAAUCUAAGAAUAUUUUCCUUACAAGUGAUGGAACCAUUAAACUUGGUGACUUUGGAUCAGCCUGCAUUCUAAAUAGUUCCAAGGCUUAUGCUUGCUCCUAUGUGGGGACGCCAUAUUAUGUAUCUCCAGAAAUUUGGGAAAACAAGCCUUACAACAAUAAAAGUGAUGUAUGGGCCCUAGGAUGUGUGCUGUAUGAGCUUUGUACUCUGAAACAUCCCUUUCAGGCGAACAGCUGGAAGAGCUUGAUUCUGAAGAUAUGUAGAGGUUCAUACCCACCACUUCCUGCUCACUACCCCUAUGAGCUUCAUUACUUGAUUAAGCAGAUAUUUAAAAUAAACCCAAAGGAUCGUCCAUCGGUCAACACCAUUCUGUCUAGACAUCGAAUAUCCAGAUUUCUGAAAAACUUUUUACCUCGGAAGAACAGCAGUACAACAUCUGAUGUUGAAUUGAAGAAAUUACCUCACGUUUACAGUGAAGACCACAAAGCAUCAGAAGGUUGUAUUCCAGUUGAGUCAAACCAAGAAUUUAAGGAAGAAAGGCAACAUCGUAACUGGAGGAAAAGUGAGGGAGAAAUGGUAGUGAAGGUUUUGAGUCAAAAAACCCUUGAAGAAGGAACCUGCAAUAUGGAAGUAACACCAGAGGGACCACAUGUAAUAUUCCCUGAAUCCUCUAGAGGUCCAACAAGAAAAUACUGGGAUGAAGACCAAGGGCAUGCUGUUCUAGAUGUCUUAAAGAAUGCUGAUUUUACUUCAUCUGGGAGAGUAUAUUCUGGAGACUUACCAGGCAGCCAUGUACUACUUCAUGAGGAAAACCUUUCACGAAAGCAGUGGACAAAGGAACCUCCAAAAGAAGUGCUUAAUUUAUUUGAAAAUGCCAGCUUAAAUCUGGCCUUUGAAACAUACACUAUCUAUAAACCAGCUUCAGAAAACUUGCUGGUUGGACCGCUUUCACCCCCAAGAGGAGAUGACACUGAUGGUGCUAUAGACAAUAUUUUGGACUCUAGCAGAUUAGACCCUCGCUCAGACGACGAAGAUACUGACUUCGAGGAAGAACCAAAUACGGCUUGGAUUGCACAAUUUGAAAAAAUGGUUAAGGAGCAAAAGUCUGGUACUUAAAUCAUACUGUGUGUCUUAAAUCAUACUGUUUUGAAUAUUUGUACAAUAAAUAUUUUAUUACAAUAUUCUAA